AGAUUAUAAAGGAGAAAAGGGGGGAGAGGGUGGGUAUUGCUUCACACACACAAACACAAACACAAACACAAACACAACAGUGUCUGCUGCACCCUACAAUGGUUUCGCUACCAACAUGGUUUCGCUACUUUCACCACAAGGUCGGAUACUCCGUUUCCCUCGCCGUGAAGAACAAUAAAGGAGAUCCAAUCACAGCCAGAGAGAUAAAUGAUGCUGUUUGGAAAAACUUCUUUCUAGGAAAGCUGACAUACUUGCUCUGGAAUAAAGGAGAGGAGAUGGCCCCUACUAUUGAUGGAAAAGCAGUAACUCUUGUUCGGAAAUUACCAGCUGUAGACCCAACGAGUGUUUUUGUAGGAGAUGUUGUGGUUAUGAAGGACCCUGAGAAGCCAGAUAACUACCUACUCAGAAGAUUAACUGCAAUUGAAGGCUAUGAAGUGGUUUCUACUGAUGAAAAGGAUGAACCCUUUAUUCUUGAGAAGGAUCAAUGCUGGGUAGAGGCUGAAAAUGAAAAAUUGAAUGCCAAGGAAGCCAAGGAUAGCCGAACAUUUGGUCCAGUUCAGAUGACAGACAUUGUAGGCAGAGUCAUAUAUUGCCUGCGAAGUGCUGUAGACCAUGGCCGUGUACAAAACAGUGAUUUCGGCAUGCGAAACGAUACACCAGUGCUGGAAGUGGAACUUGAUGUUGAUGAGAUGGCAAAGAGUCACAAAGCCUGAAACAUUUUUCCCAAGAAACACUAACUAGUUUACUUUACGCAUGCCUUAGUUUCUUCUUGUGGAUUUUCCUUGAAGCACAGAUUGAAGAAUAAAAAAAUAUGAUUUUUAAAUUGUUGCAAUGGGAUGAUGGUGUUAUGUGGAUGUCCUCUGCAUGCUAGGCAAUUGGCUGCGGCCUGUGUUAAAGCUUGAGUUCAACAUUAUUGUAUGCUAAGUUCUAGCAAGGACUCCUCUGCCCUUUGUUCUAUUCAUUUGGCUGUAAAAUUGACCAAGUUUUGGUCUUUUUUUGUUAAUGGUCGAGGAAGAUAAUAAAAGAUGCUGCGUUGUUAGAAAUAA